CCUUGAUCGGCUUGUGGGCCCCAGCCAACGAUCCCGCGAAGGUGUUCGGCUCCUGCAGAUACCUCCUGGUCUCCAACAGCACUUCCCCACACGCUGCAGAGGCCACAGAAUACGUCGGCUGUGAAUUCAGGCCAUCUCGAUCGCACCUGUCUCUCCGUUUCCGUUCCGCUGUUUUCUGCCUUGCUGCUCUUUGCCUUUCGAUCAAGGCCGCUCUCAUGAACCCGCCGCGAUCAUCCAGACCAGGCACAGCCUCUGAUCUCGAUCCGGGCCUUCUUGAUGUCUUGCCCUCUGCACCGUCAUCGGCAGAUUCCCCCGAUCCAGCCUCCUCGCUCGUUUGGGUCGAGCCCACACGCUUUCAUUCCCCACGAUGGCUGUUCUUUUCCUGCACAGACAAGGUCGACCCCCGCUCGCACCGCCGCAGAGCAAAAUGCACCUUUUGCUCCACUGUCCUUUCGGGCAAACCCGAGUCUCUCUAUUUUCAUAUCUCGGAGAAGUGUCUGGCGAUCGAUCCUGUCUCGAAGCAAUUAUAUCUACAGAAAAAUGCAGCUCCUGCCACCUCCACGUCGCCGCCAUCGUCGCCCUCCUCGCCCGACGACCUUGGAUCAGCAAGCGGGGGAUAUCGUACACCAUCCUCCAGGAAGGCAAAGAGGCCUAAGGUGUCGGCUCCAAAGCCUGUGCUGUACUCUCCACACACGACCGUUUCGCAGCCGGUCUCUUUUGUAGCCUCACACACCUCCCUGUAUCCAUCGCCAGCCCUGCCCUCUGCCGGCCUGGCGUACGCCCAUCCCUAUCUUGCCCAUCCAGCCGCCCAGCAGCCACACGCACUUCCGUUUGCCUUGCAAUCGGCCUAUGCCCUGCCACAAUUUCAAUCAACCUCGUUUGCGCUGCCCAACCUUUCCUCACCUUCAGCGCACGCUUUUAUUCCGUCUUUCAGUCAAGCACCGACUCCACAACCUUCGGCGAUCCACCCCCAUCUACUUCCACCACGCGCACCAACGGCCCUACCAGCCCCGGACCAUCAAGCUCUGAGUCACUCGUACUUGCUGAAGGCUUUGGCCUCAAAUCGCCUCGGGUUGCAGCUAUUGGAUAACCCUUAUUUCCAAGAUUUCCAGGCCCUGCAUAUGAAGGGAUCUACUUUGCCGCUGGCGGCAGCAAUAUCGGAUUCGCCGUUGCUCUCCUCCGAUCACUUGCGGGAAAAGCUUCGCGGCUGUCAAAGCCGGGCUGCGGUGCUGCUUGCUCAAGAGCGCUUUUUGACACUUUCACUCGAUCCUUGGGUCGAUCCCUCGGGCGUGCACUACUACGCCGUUGCCCUUGCUCGGAAUGAGCCCUUUUGCCAGAUCCACAUCAAGACGCUCGAGCUCCUUCCGCUUGAGCAUUCAGCUACCCGUCUAAUCGCAGAGAUAGAGUCCUGUCUGGCUGCUCUUGGCAUCAAUCCACUGCAAAUAUCGGCGCUGGUGCUUCCACUUCCAGCGGCCAGCUCUUUCACAGAACACUCUCACGAGCGUAUCGUUGUAUCGGAUUUGGUCCUCCAGUUUUGCUCAAAGUACCCAACGUGCCUUCUGGUCGACUCGCCUCUCCAUGUUAUGGGCGAUGCCCUCAGGAGCAUUCUCUCUACCGAACCCUUUGCUUCCGUCUUGCGCAAGAAUCAGGUCUUGCUCAAGUUCUUUGCCUCCUCUCGAUAUUGGUCCGCAAAGCUCAAUGACUUUUUCCUCAACCAUCCGGAACACACGCCGCCAUCAUGGCUUUCUAUUACAUCGCGAUUGGAGAGCUCUUCUCCAGCGUGUGCCUAUCCAUCCACAUCAGGCCAAAUGGGUUCGCAAAGCAAUUUUGCAGCACUCGUCUCACCAAUGCCGGACACGCCCAUCAGCUCCGACCCCGCUGAAAGUCUUUUCAAAGUAAAUGGUACAUCCGCUGCGUCAAACUCUGCAACGUCUGGCCACCCUCCCUUUCUCCGAGCUGUCUCGAACUCAUCAUCAAGAUUCCUUUCAAAAUCUCCGUUGUUGCUGUCUGCCUUGCAGUGCCGCCCAGCAUUUCAGAGCUUGGCCAACCAACUCUCCAAUGACACGGACUCAUCAGCUACAGGCUGUCCGAGCCCGGUUGCUUGCAUAUUGAAGAACGAGUCCCACUUUGAUACAUCCUCAGCUGCAGCGCAUCUUGUCGCGCCCAUCAUUCGUUCUAUCGAGUCGUUGCAGUCUGAGUAUGUGUGUAGCAUGCACUCCGAAAGCCGCCUUCGCUUCACCCUGGCUGAUAUUUGGGGACAGCUAUUCAAGGCCGUCGCGGACGUCAAGGAGAUUCGAUUCGAGAGCGCAGGACUGUCUUUUGAUCAGCGAGAAUUCGAGGCACUCAGGCAGCAGGUGCUUGAUCGUCUGGAGCACCGCCUGUCCGUAUUCAAAUCGCCCCUGUACUCUGCCGCUUUCUUCCUGAGCCCUCGAUAUCGCCAAGCCGUCCUGUCCAAGCCCCAGACGUAUUCUCUUUCAAAAGUCACGAACGAGAUUGCAGAGCUGGCCCGAAUCAAAGGGUUCACUGCCGACGAGAUCAAUGCACUGAAGACCCAGGUCGGCGGCUAUUUCAAUGGGCUGGGCACCUUUUCGACUCUGAGUUCGUCUCUGGCGAGAACACCUUCAGAAGCCACAGCGCAUCCGACCGUUAUCGCUCUCGGAGAGGUCUUGAGUGUACCGUCGGGCAUGUCUUUCAAAGAAGUGACAAACUCGGCAGCCUCGCCGGUCGACAAUCCAAUUCAGUACUGGAUGAAUCUGGUCCACGCCCAAGAUACGUUUGCCCUCAGACGACUGGCAUUGAUGAUAUUCCAAAUCGUUCCACAUUGCCCCGGCAUGGACGAGAUCUUCCUCGCGACCUCGAGCGCUGCAAAUCUAUCUCCCACAGCAUUUUGUCCGUCUCGGCGACAGAGAGAUCUCGAAUUGGUAUCACGGGCUUUACCGGGUUUGCAGAGCGAAUGCAACUCUGCCGGUCUGUUUUCAGGCCAGGUCCCGUCGGCUCAAGCGAGCUUGAUAUCUACCGACGGACAGUCGCUGUCGGCGAUACAUGGAAUCUCAAACCCGUUGUACACAGCAAACGGUGGCCGAGCCAGUGACCACCCCACAGGCUCGAAUCUUCAAACAUGGGCCGACCUUACGCGACAGAACGUGCCCCUGGGCGAAGGAGGACAUGGACGUCGCUCUGACAUGCUCUGGACCAAAAUCAUCUUCCCCGACAUGACCCUUCAAGAGCUUGAUGAUUUCGAGACUGGCGUGGAUCUGUGGCGUCGUGGAUGCCACGGUCGCAUUCAAAACGGUGGCUCACAGGCAUCGGAAUCUAUUGCUGGCGCCGAUGCGGGUUUCCAGAGUAGCCCCGAUCAGCACCCGAAGGUUGCCAACGAGAGAGCUGCCAAGAGCCAUCGGACACCGAUAUCCUUGCCGCUUCCUGUCCAUCUGUCUGUCAACUUUGAAGACACACGAGGGGAUACUCCAAUUUGUGAGCUCGCCGACUGGUCAGCUGUCUGAUCGUUUGUCUACUCGGAAAGACCCUUUCAGCCCUUUCAGCCCUUUCAGCGAGUGGGAGGCUAUUUUUUGGAUGGGAAGGCACCCACACAUCCAUCACCCGCAAUGACUAAUGACCGUCUGCCCCGUGGGGGCAAGGCAAAGGCUACGCCUCAAUGGUCGAAUAUAUGCAGCAUACUCUCACACCGCAACACGGACGUCUCUUGGAGCACGAUCUCGCUGUGCGAGAAGAUUGCUGCCGAUUGCGACAG